CCACCACAAAUUGUUGUUGUCGGCAACAAAGUGGACGAGGAACGUUUACGGAAAGUGUCAGUGGACGCACAUUGUGCCUUCGCCAAACAGCACGACCUCAAAGCGUUCUAUGUGUCGGCAAAAACUGGUGACUCAGUCGCAAUGAUGUUCAGACGUCUUUUUGCUGGAAUUCUUUCUAUCACAACGAUAGACUUAGUCGCUUAG